AUGGUUGAUCCGAUGGAGAAUGGCUUGUUUGACAUUCCUGACUAUGACAACACAGAUGAUGAGACCUUUCCUCCUCUCCCCCCUCCCUUCUCACCAGGAGAGGGAGGAGAUCCUUUUACAGGUGAGGACAAUGACAACUGGAGUUCACCAGGGAGGAGGGAGGAGAUCUCCAAGCUGCAAGUCCCUGCUGCCAAGAGGAGAGGCGUCAAGAGACCACAGCCCAAACUGGACUCUCAGAGGCUGACAUCAGAAAGAGGACUUCCGGCUCUUCGCUCCCUGUUUGACAACGUUCAUUUCAAAGGCAAAGGACACGAGGCUGAGGACUUGCGGGGGCUGAUGCAGAGGAUGGAGAACUGGGCUCACAGGCUGUACCCCAAACUGCAGUUUGAAGACUUCAUAGACAAACUGGAGACGCUGGGCAGCAAGAAAGAAGUCCAGACGUGUCUGAAGAGAAUACGGUUGGACAUGCCGCUGAUACAUGAAGACUUCGUAGGAGACGACGGUGAGGACGACACCGCGGCGUCGAGAGACGGACGUGUCGUCAACCAUGACGACCCAGACCCGUUUGGAGACGGAGGUUUCCCUGAAGACCCCCCAGGACGGGUCCCCUCUACCCCUGCCGCUGCUCCCUCCCUGUUCCCGUCCUCCCAGGCUGGCCCGGUCCACUCCACCCCAGCCCCCUCCCUGACAGAAGAGCAGCAGAGACGUAUAGAACUCAACAAACGGCUUGCCUUGGAGAGGAGACUGGCCCGCAUGCAGCAACACACAGAUGGCUCCAAGGAGAUGGCCAACCAAUCAGCAGACGGACCCUCUCCCUCCCAGUCCCAGGAGAUGGCCACCCAGUCAGCAGACGGACCCUCUACCUCCCAGUCCCAGGAGAUGGCCACCCAGUCAGCACACGGACCCUCUCCCUCCCAGUCAGCACACGGACCCUCUACCUCCCAGUCCCAGGAGAUGGCCACCCAGUCAGCACACGGACCCUCUCCCUCCCAGUCAGCACACGGACCCUCUCCCUCCCAGUCCCAGGAGAUGGCCACCCAGUCAGCAGACUGACCCUCUCCCUCCCAGUCCCAGGAGAUGGCCUCCAGCCAAUCAGCACACGGACCCUCUACCUCCCAGUCCCAGGAGAUGGCCACCCAGUCAGCAGACGGACCCUCUACCUCCCAGUCCCAGGAGAUGGCCUCCAGCCAAUCAGCACACGGACCCUCUACCUCCCAGUCCCAGGAGAUGGCCACCCAGUCAGCAGACGGACCCUCUCCCUCCCAGUCAGCAGACUGACCCUCUCCCUCCCAGUCCCAGGAGAUGGCCAACCAAUCAGCAGACGGACCCUCUACCUCCCAGUCCCAGGAGAUGGCCAACCAAUCAGCAGACGGACCCUCUCCCUCCCAGUCCCAGGAGAUGGCCAACCAAUCAGCAGACGGACCCUCUCCCUCCCAGUCCCAGGAGAUGGCCAGCCAGUCAGCAGACGGCCCCUCCACCAGGUCCUCCUCACACCCCUCCCCCAGCCAGUCAGCAGACGGCCCCUCCACCAGGUCCUCCUCACACCCCUUCCCCAGCCAGUCAGCAGACGGCCCCUCCACCAGGUCCUCCUCACACCCCUUCCCCAGCCAGUCAGCAGACGGCCCCUCCACCAGGUCCUCCUCACACCCCUUCCCCAGCCAGUCAGCAGACGGCCCCUCCACCAGGUCCUCCUCACACCCCUUCCCCAGCCAGUCAGCAGACGGCCCCUCCACCAGGUCCUCCUCACACCCCUUCCCCAGCCAGUCAGCAGACGGCCCCUCCACCAGGUCCUCCUCACACC